AUGAAGAAGAAUGCAUGGGAGAUCAUUGAGAACCCACCUUGGAAUUUUCACUACAGUCAUUCCCGGAGUGUUACGAAUAAAAAUUCAUUGCAUUGGAUAGACCAAAAAUUUCUCGGGAGUCCGAUUUUAAUAAGAAGUUUUGAUCUUUUUACUCGAAAAUACGAUGAGAUAGAACUUCCUAGUGAAAUCAACCCAAGUUACUCGAGAUUGGCAGUUUUUCAAGGAGAAUUGCAUUUAGUAACAGAUGAUGUCUUCAUAUGGAAGAUGAAGAAUGAUUGUAUUAUGGAGAAAAUUUGGUCUUCAGUGAAGAAUAAUGAUUUUGAUCCUGAAAUUUUACCUUCAUCUUUUCAUGUUAUGCUUUGUCCUACACCAUUCUUUAGCGAGGGAGAAAUUCAAGCUACUAAUCUAAAGAAAGAAGUAGAGAAGAUAUUCUGUUUUGAUUUAGAGUCUAAAGAAAAAUUCGAGGUCGAAAUUGAAGGUUUGCCUAAUGAACCUAAGGGAUUUCAUGCAGAAUCAUGGGCAGAAUCUCUUGUACCUCUAGAUUGA